AUGGCCGAAGAUAACAACAACAUGCAGUCGGACGUCCUCAGCGCCCUGGUUGCCGAGAUACGAAGUCUGAGAGAAGAGAGUUCCCGAAGAAACACCCAGUUUGAAGAACGUUUUAUUGCCCUGGAACUCCAACAACACCAGCAAGCCCACAUACCGAAAUUCGGCGGCGACAAGGCCCAGUGGCGAAGCUGGAAACUAGAAACCGAAGGAAAGCUACGAGUCGACAAAGAAGCCCUUGGAGAUGCAGAAGGCCACUUUAUGUACAUCUUCAUGAGCCUAGAAGGCAAGGCUAAAGACAACGUGACCACAUUUGUGGAGAUGCAAACCGAGAAGAAAACGUUCAAUGUUGCUGAACUACUCAACCGCCUCGAGUUGUUGUACGGGGAGAGGGAUCGCAAGCAGAGAGCUACACGCAACUUGCAUUCGAUUAAGCAAGGGGAGAAUGAACCAUUCACGUCCUUUUACCCCCGCUUUGAGAGGGAGAUCGCCAAUGCCAACGCCGAGUAUUGGCCAGACGACAGCAAGAUUUCCUACCUCCAGGAGGCACUAAACGACAAAAUGAAAGCAGCCCUUAUAGGCUCUGACCCCUCUGCCAUCAGCAGCUACGUUGGGCUGGCGAGGAGAUGCGAUUCGCUGAGCAGCCAGAUGGAACUGUUGGGUCAGUGGAAAAGGCCCCGAGGCAACACAAAGAGUUCGGACAACUAUGACAACCACCAGAACCAUGGAGGCCAGGCCGCCCAGAAACAGUCCGGCCAGAAAACUGAAGUUAGACGAGAGGACAUGAUGGAAUGGGAGCCAACUCUACAAGCAUCCGCGAAAGUGAACGCUGCGCGCACCCGCAGUGAUAAGAACACAUAUGGUCACCAAUCCAACCGACCAGAAGACCAAGCGCUGUUGGGCAAGCGUGCAAAGUGGGUCGAUCAGACCGAGAUGGACGCCCGUUACCGUGAAGGGCGUUGCCUUCGUUGUGGAAGAGACAACUGCAGGAUCGAGCGCUGCCCAUUGGCUGCGCCUAUCCGACCCGCAAACGCGACCCGUCGCACUCAGGUCAAUGCCGUGGCUCCGACACGACCAGCGGUCACUAAUGCCGAGAUCGCCGAAGACGAAGCUUCGUCUCAUAGCGAUGAAGAUUCAGACUAG